UAGAUUCCACCUUCCUUUGUUGCUAAAGAUCAUAAAGUUGAAAUAGACUUUUACAAAAGAAUUAUUACUGUAAAUUUUAAAAACAAAGAAACUUGAAGGAUCUAGCUUUGGAUUGUCCUUUUCAUUUGGGGACCAGAAGUGGGAUGAUGAUGCAGAGAAAGCGUACUUUGCUUUGGUUCUUGUUUCAAAGUUUCUCUUCCUUUGAUUGGUUAGAGGAAAAUACGGAAGAUAUGCGAUUGGUGAAUGCGAAAUUUCAUAUGGCCAGGGAGAAAAUAAGGUACAAAUUCUGCUCUGUAACUUUGCUUAGCACUAAGUUACUACUCACGUUUCAUCUCAAAGCUUUUGUGGACCUUUCAUUACCAAUAGAAACUUUUGCUUUCGCAACACAUGAAGAUUUGAAAAGUUUUUCUCACUUAAAAUGGAAACUUCUUCUGCUACCCGUAGCUUUUUAAAGUACUGCUUCCAUUAACUGAAUAGUUUUAAUAGACAUCACUACUGAUCACCUCUAUUUGUAUGAGACAUGCUUAUUGUCUAUUUGUUCUUUAA